GUGCCCCGCCCACCCCGGGGCAGCUUGUAGCAGGUGCGCGGGCUGGCUGGGGCUAUGUGCAGGGCGGGCGCGGAGCCGGAGCAGCAGCGGUGAAGCCUGUGGGCUUGGCCGAGACCGCCGUGCCCAUUGCUCGCCUCAGUCACCGCCGCUUUAGCCGUAGCCGCCGCCGCCGCCGCCAGGGGAGCGGUCGCCUAUUGUCUUUCUCCGCAGCGAAGGUGAGGAGCUGUCUCGACUCGGCCCGCGGGGGAGCCCCGGGAGCCGCACGUGUCCUGGGUCAUGAAACUUAAUCCACAGCAAGCUCCCUUAUAUCCCUGGCAGAUUCUUUCUGUAUUUCCGAAUGGGACAACAGAAGAAGUGACUUCAAAAGAAGACGAAGAAGAAGAGAUGGAUAAAGAUAUAGAAGACUUAGAUCACUGUGAGAUGAAAGAAGAGCCUAUUAGUGAGAAGAAGUUGGAGGAUGAAGGAACUGAAAAAGAAAAUUGGGCGAUGUUAGAGAAAAUUAGGAAGACUGAAAGGCAAGGCCAUUUAAAUGUAUUAUAAAUGUCAUUUCUUAAUGCCACAUAUCUACAACUAUCUGAUCUUUGACAAACCUGACAAAAACAAGAAAUGGGGAAAGGAUUCCCUAUUUAAUAAAUGGUGCUGGGAAAACUGGCUAGCCAUAUGUAGAAAGCUGAAACUGGAUCCCUUCCUUACACCUUAUACAAAAAUCAAUUCAAGAUGGAUUAAAGACUUAAAUGUUAGACCUAAAACCAUAAAAACCCUAGAAGAAAACCUAGGCAAUACCAUUCAGGACAUAGGCGUGGGCAAGGACUUCAUGUCUAAAACACCAAAAGCAAUGGCAACAAAAGCCAAAAUUGACAAAUGGGAUCUAAUUAAACUAAAGAGCUUCUGCACAGCAAAGGAAACUACCAUCAGAGUGAACAGGCAACCUACAAAAUGGGAGAAAAUUUUCGCAACCUACUCAUCUGACAAAGGGCUAAUAUCCAGAAUCUACAAUGAACUCCAACAAAUUUACAAGAAAAAGACAAACAACCCCAUCAAAAAGUGGGCGAAGGACAUGAACAGACACUUCUCAAAAGAAGACAUUUAUGCAGCCAAAAAACACAUGAAAAAAUGCUCACCAUCACUGGCCAUCAGAGAAAUGCAAAUCAAAACCACAAUGAGAUACCAUCUCACACCAGUUAGAAUGGCAAUCAUUAAAAAGUCAGGAAACAACAGGUGCUGGAGAGGAUGUGGAGAAAUAGGAACACUUUUACACUGUUGGUGGGACUGUAAACUAGUUCAACCCUUGUGGAAGUCAGUGUGGCGAUUCCUCAGGGAUCUAGAACUAGAAAUUCCAUUUGACCCAGCCAUCCCAUUACUGGGUAUAUAUCCAAAGGACUAUAAAUCAUGCUGCUAUAAAGACACAUGCACACGUAUGUUUAUUGCGGCAUUAUUCACAAUAGCAAAGACUUGGAACCAACCCAAAUGUCCAACAAUGAUAGACUGGAUUAAGAAAAUGUGGCACAUAUACACCAUGGAAUACUAUGCAGCCAUAAAAAAUGAUGAGUUCACGUCCUUUGUAGGGACAUGGAUGAAAUUGGAAAUCAUCAUUCUCAGUAAACUAUCGCAAGACCAGAAAACCAAACACCGCAUAUUAUCACUCAUAGGUGGGAAUUGAACAAUGAGAACACAUGGACACAGGAAGGGGAACAUCACACUUCGGGGACUGUUGUGGGGUGGGGGGAGGGGGGAGGGAUAGCACUGGGAGAUAUACCUAAUGCUAGAUGACGAGUUGGUGGGUGCAGUGCACCAGCAUGGCACAUGUAUACAUAUGUAACUUACCUGCACGUUGCGCACAUGUACCAUAGAGCCUAAAGUAUAAUAAUGAUAAUAAUAAUAAUAAUAAAAAGAAAAAAAAA